GCCUCCGCACGUUGGCCCGGCUGUGAUGGCCUCGUCGCCACCCCUGCCGUUCCUGCCGCCGCCGCCGCUGCUGCUGCUGUUGCUGCUGGGGGUCCCCGCGGUGGCGCGGGCGUCCUCGCUGGACAGACUCCCCGAGGGGGCGGCCGCCUGCCGGGCUGGGGACCUGUGCCCACAGGGGCCCCUCGGGAAGUCACAAUACCCGCCUGUCAACGUGAGCCUCUACUACGAGGCACUGUGCCCCGGCUGUCGGUCCUUCCUGAUCCGAGAACUCUUCCCGACCUGGCUGAUGGUCCUGGAGAUCCUCAACGUCACGCUGGUGCCCUAUGGAAAUGCCCAGGAGCAAAAUGUCAGCGGCAGGUGGGAGUUCACGUGCCAGCACGGUGAGCAGGAAUGCAAGCUUAACAAGGUGGAGGCCUGCCUGUGGGACCAGCUAGAGAGGAAUAUGGCCUUCCUGACCAUUGUCUGCUUGGAGGAAAUGGAUGACAUGGAGAAAAACCUGAAGCCGUGCCUGCAGAUCUAUGCUCCGGAGGUGUCCCCGGACACCAUCAUGGAGUGUGCAAUGGGGGACCGCGGCAUGCAACUCUUGCACAUUAACGCCCAGCUUACAGAUGCCCUGCAGCCGCGCCACGAGUAUGUGCCCUGGGUCGUCGUCAAUGGGAAACCCUUGAAAGAUCUGAGUCAGCUCCUAAGCCUCGUCUGCCACCUGUACCAAGGUGAGAAGCCAGAUGUCUGCCAACCCGUGGCCAGCUCCCACAGGGAACUCUGCUUCAAGUGACCGCUGGCGCCCUCGAAGGGAGCUGAUGGAGGAAGAGCCAGAGCACUGCCCCGUUUUUUCCGAUCCCUGACUCUCAGCGGCUGCUACUCACCAUCCGGAUAAUUUCUACACAUCCCACGAAGCCCAGACUCAGAAUCCUGCCCCGACAUCAAGACUCUUGCCCCACUGGUGACGGUGCUACCUUGAAACUAGUUUAAUAAACACUUCUGGAUGUUGUGA